AUGUCAGUGCUGAGGUAUUCGGGGGAUCUCGUAUCCUGGUUAAUACUACUGAUUUGCUGUCUGCCCGUCAUUCUUUUCUGUUCUCGUCCUCGCCAGAUUCGCCCGAAAGGAUGUCGACGACUCGGUCUUCCACCGGGUAAGAGCAAUUUACAUGAUGAAUUUGACCCAAAGUAUAGCUCUGGUGUCUCACCAACAAAGAAGGAUGGGGAUCUCCCCGCCUGGCGCAUCAAAGCCCUUUUCGCCUACCCGCUGAAAUCAUGCGGCGGCAUUGAGUUGCAGACAUCUGAUGUCGUGCCAACAGGCCUCAAAUUCGAUCGCCAAUUUGUCUUCGCCGAGCAUGGCACGGAAGGCUGGAAUACUCGUACACUCCGCAACGCAGGCUUUCAGCGCCUCGCUCUCAUCCACACAGAGAUCUGGAUCCCUGACCCCUCUGCACGGGACUACGAUCCCUCGCUCCCAGAAAUCAUAUCACAGGGUGUUAUGAUCAUCUCUUAUCCUCGUCCCCAGCCACAAGGCCGGGUGAAAAUGAUGUGCCAAAAAAUUGGAAUGGCAAUCGGCAUCCUCAGAUGCCGAUACUCAUUUCAGGUUCCUCUUCUCCCACCACAAGCCUCAGUCUCAGAGUACCCGCUUCUUCCCGUGACAAUAUGGAAGGACAAACCACUGGCACAUGACUACAGCGCCCUAGUUCCACCAUCUCUGCACACAUAUUUAGGCUUCAGUCCGUCAGCCUCUCCCCUGGCUCUCUUUCGUGCAAGUCCUGAUCACACCCGACAAAUUUUUCGCAACGCACCUCGCAAUGAAGCUCUAGGAUUCCAGCCUAAUACUGCAUUUGCAGACGCUUAUCCCAUCCAUUUACUCAGUCUCUCAAGCCAUAGAGACGUUGCUGCCCGCUGUGCCUACGCAAUUCCAAAGUUGAGCAUCAUGCGCUUCCGCGCAAACAUUAUUAUUCAGGGACCCAGUGCCUUUGCCGAAGAUCACUGGAAGAGAAUCUCAGUUGGCGGUGUUGAGAUCCAUGCUGCUUGUCGGACAGUGCGGUGUAGGUUGCCAAAUGUGGACCCUGUCACAGGAGUGAGGCAUCCUGCAGAGCCAGAUCGUACAUUGAAGUCCUAUCGGAAAAUUGAUGAUGGCGAUCGCACUAAUGCAUGUCUUGGGAUGCAGCUUGUGCCUGCCAUCGAGGAGUUUGUUAUGAAAGUUGGGGAUGAGGUUGUUGUGUUGGAGACUGGUGUACAUCGAUAUAUCAAGAUGUUGGCGCCCGGGGAGAAGGUAGAGGGGGUUUAG